AUGGCUAUGCAAGCCGGUGUUCAGACCUCUAAGGUCCUCAUACUUCUAGGAGCAGGUGUGUCUGGUUCGAUUGUAUUAAGACAUGGGAGGUUGUCAGACCUAAUAGCGCAGCUUCAAGACUUACUCAAGGGGGCUGAAGGAGUUGAAAGCACACCAUAUAAUUUUGACAGUGCGGCUCUAGCUGCUCAGAUUCGUCAACUUGCAAGCGAGAUUAAAGAACUAACUAUGACCAAUCCCAUUACCGUCUUCAACGGAGAUUCAAGCUCCAAUGGCUAUGCGUCUUACCUGGUUCCAGCGGCCGCCGUUGGAGCUAUGGGAUAUUGUUACAUGUGGUGGAAGGGUUGGUCAUUUUCCGAUGCGAUGUUUGUGACAAAGAAAAAUAUGGCUGAUGCAGUUGCCUCUGUUUCAAAACAACUAGAAGAUUUAUCAGAAUCAUUAGCGUCAACAAAGAAACAUCUUUCUAAGAAGCUAGCGACUUUGGAUUGGAAGGUGGAAGAGCAGGCCGAGACAUCUAAAAUGAUCUUAAGUGAUGAUAAGGAUACAUUCGUCACAUCGAUACUUGCUUCAAUGCAGGUAACCGAGAUGAAAUCAAGCAUUUCACAAAUUGGGUUUGAUGUUCAGCAAGUUUAUGAUAUGAUAUCCGGAAUGGAGGGGAAGAUUGAAACUAUUGAAAGCAAACAAGAAGUGACCAACUCGGGACUAUGGCAUCUAUGUAAAAUUGCAGGCGUUAAAGAUAGCACUAUAAGCACUAAAGUCUUUCAGGAUAUUGUUCCAAGAUUACCUAUCGAUACUAAACCAUCAGCUGACGAUUCUCUCUCGGGUCUGCGGUUUCUGACAGAAGGCAAGGAGGCUGGAAACGUAAUACAUAAACCGGUUUUGGCGAAAGAAAGCCCGGUGAUGGUGAAACCAGUGGAGGAACAAACAAAAGCCGCAGUCGCAGCAAGAACCCGAGUUCAUAGAGUAUUUCCUGGUGGAAUAUCUUGGGUACAGAACGUUACAGGACUAUCGUAA